AUGGACUCAGAUACAUCGGAUGAAAUCAAUAAAAGAGGCAGAGAAGGAGACGAUGGAACAUUCAACGAAAGUAAAAAAACGGCUAGAACUGCAAUUGAUAGCCAUAACCAAGGAAAUAAGCUAGAUCAAAUAAUUAGAAUGAUGCAAGAUCUAACUGAAGAAACAAAAAAUCUAGCAGCAGAAGUCAAAGAUAUAAAAGAAGACCAAAGGGAGUACUGGAAAGAAUUAAGAGAACUCAGAGACGAAAUAGAAAAGGUCAAACAGGCAAAUCAAAAGUCGCAAAUCGAGAAGGAUGAAAUGAAGAAAGAACUGAAUGACACGAAGCUACGUCUAGAAAAAUUAGAAAAAGAAAGGAAAGCCAACAACGUCGUAAUACAAGGUUUGCAAAUUGAUACAAACGACAGGGACAUACUCAGGCAGACCAUAGGUAAUUUCAUGGAAGCAGAAAUGAAUAUUAAGGUUAAAAUUGAUGAAGUAAUAAAAUUAGGAGAAAAAACAUGUUUAGUUAAGCUACCAAACCAUCAUGAGAAAGAAACGGUUAUGAAAAACAAAGCGAAACUACAACAUGCAAAAGACAGGAGAGUGUUCAUCAACAACGAUAUGACCAAAGAAGAUUUGCAAGUACAGAAAAAAAUAAGACAAGUUGGCCAUGAAGAAGCAAAUAAGGGUAAAAAUGUAAAAGGAAUCAACGAAUCAUUAGACGACAUAAAACAUAAAUUGACGCAGCUACUCAACAACCUGAAACUGAAACUAGACGAGUAA